AUGCCAAACAUUGCAAACUUGGAUUUUGAACCCCUAAGUGUAAAGGGUGACAAUUACCUUCAGUGGGCUUUAGACAUUGAAAUCUCCCUCGGAGCCAAAGGCCUAGAGGAGUGUAUUGUCGAAGGAAAUGAAUCAAGUAAGAAAGACAAUGCUAAAGCCCUCAUGAUGAUUCGCCAUCACAUUGAGGAGAGCUUGAAAGCUCAAUAUCUCACAGUGAGCAAUCCAUACGAGUUAUGGAAAGAGUUGAAAUCGAGAUAUAAUCACCAAAAGACUGUGAUCCUUCCGGAAGCCAUGUAUGAAUGGACUCAUCUCAGGAUUCAAGACUUUAAGUCUGUGAAUGAAUAUAACUCAGCCUUGUUCAGGAUAGUCUCAAAGAUGAGACUAUGUGGCGAGAAAAUAACUGAUAAGCAGCUACUGGAAAAGACUUAUCAGACAAUGUCAUCAAGCAACAUGUUGCUCCAGCAACAAUAUAGGCAGAAAGGUUUCAAGACCUACAGUGCUCUCAUAGCCUGCCUAUUGCUUGCUGAACAGAAUAAUGAGUUGCUUAUGAAGAAUAAUGACCUGAGACCACCCGGAACCAAACCUGUUCCUGAUGCACAUCAUGCCUCAAAAGAAGGUAAGAACAACUCCGAAGCUAACCAUGUCCAAUAUGACCAAAGGGGUCGCGGUUCCUCAUUUGGAAGAGGUCGCGGCCGUGGAGGUCAGUGGCGAGGACGUGGACGUGGUGGCUAUGGGAGAGGGCGUUACAACCCUUAUGAGCGCCCAAACCAGUCCAGCAAUGGGCGUGGUAGAGGCAGAGGCAAUGGGUCGACUACUCGACCACAGAAUACAGGAAACUCAGUGUGUCAUAGGUGCGGAGUAUCUAACCAUUGGGCAAAGAACUGCCGAACCCCAAAACACCUGGUUGAUCUCUACCAAGAGAGCAUCAAAGGCAAGAACCCGGAGGCUCACAUGGUAUACAAGGAUGGCGAGGAUGACUUUGAUCAUGACAAGGAUGAUCUCAUGGAAUAUGAGACUUCAGACAUUCUGAAAAAUGACCAAGUUGAUUAA